AUGUGCCAGCGCCUCUGGCCGCGGCCCGCUAACCAGCCUCUCCCGGGUCGGCGCCCGCCGCGCCCGCUCUCGGGCGCGCGCUUCCUCCUGACCUUCGAUUUUGACGAGACCGUCGUGGACGAAAACAGCGACAACUUGAUCGUGCGCGCAGCGCCGGGCCAGCGGCUGCCGGAGAGCCUGAGCGCCACCUACGGCGAGGGCUUCUCCAACCAGUACCUGCUGAGGGUCUUCCAGUACCUGGGCGAGCAGGGCGUGCGGCCGGGGGACCUGCGCGCCGUCUACGAGGCCAUCCCCCUGUCCCCGGGCAUGGGCGACCUGCUGCAGUUCGUGGCCAAGCAGGGAGCCUGCUUCGAGGUGAUCCUCAUCUCCGAUGCCAACACCUUCGGCGUGGAGAGCGUGCUGCGCUCCGCCGGGCACCUGGGCCUGUUCCGCCGCAUCCGCAUCCUCAGCAACCCGUCGGGGCCCGACGCGCGGGGGCUGCUGGCGCUGCGGCCUUUCCACGCGCGCUACCCCAUGCACCGCCUGAUCCAGGAGGCGCAGGAGGCCGAGCACAGCCCCUUCCGCGCCACAGUGGAGCCCCGGGAGACCGCCCACGACGUGCGCCUCCAUCUGCAGCAGGCUUAG